AUGAUUGUGAUCACCGGUGGAGCCGGCUUUGUCGGUUCAAACAUCGUCAAGGAGUUGAACAACCGUGGUGUGACCAACAUCGUGGUGGUCGACGAUAUGACAGAUGGAUCCAAGUUCCACAACCUGGUCAGCUGCAAGGUGGCCGACUUCAUCGACGCGACAGCCUUCCGUGAAUCUAUUCGGACCAAAACCUUUCAUCACCGUCCCCGCAUCAUCUUCCACUACGGUGCAAUCUCGUCCAUCACCGAAACCAACGGCAAGAAAAUGCUCGACGCCAACUUCACCUACUCCAAGGAACUCUUCCAGUGGUGCAAAAACCAGGGUGUCCGCUUCAUCUACGCCUCGUCCGCUGCUGUGUAUGGAAACAAAACCACCUUCACCGAGGGAGACGCCCAGGAGGCUCCCCUGAACGUCUAUGGAUACUCCAAGAUGCUAUUUGAUGAAUAUGUCGUCAAAAACACCGACGCCCGCUCCCCCCAAUUUGCGGGACUGCGCCUUUUCAACGUCUACGGACCCGGCGAACAGCACCGAGAUGCGGUCCCUAGUACCGUCUACCAAUUUUACGAAAAACGGAAAUCAUUCAAAGCCAUUGAACUAUUCGGUGAAUACGCCGGAGUCGAAGCGGGACAACAGAAGCGCGACUUUGUCCACGUCGAGGACGUCGCCCGUCUGAACUGUUGGUUCCUUGACCACCCGGAAAUCAGCGGUAUCUACAAUGUCGGCACUGGUGUUGCUAGCAGCUUCCACGAUGUCGCCAUGGAAGUCGCUAAGUAUUUCGGCGACCCCGAGGGUUACAUCAAGUUCAUUCCCUUCCCAGCCGAACUGAAAGGCAGGUACCAGAGCUUCACCUGUGCUGAUAUCUCGAAGCUCCGUCGGGCUGGCUCUGUGCUGCGUUUCCGAAACAUCAAGGAAGGGAUUAAGGAUUACAUGGAGUGGCUUGAAAAUAAUGAAGCCUUAGAUCGCUAA